GGACGGAAAGAGACCGUUUACACCCACCGGAAACCAUGUCUGCAGCACCAGCAGAAAUGAAAUUGAACGAAUCCAAAUGUAUAUACAUGAUCACUCUAAAAUCCCCGCACAAAUGUAUAUUUGGUGCAAUGAGAAUCGCCCGAUAUACCCGCUGAACCGCUGGCCGUUAUUGGAUUCCGUUCGGUGGUUUCGUGAAGCCAAGUAAACAUCGUCGAGGUUUGAAUGAGAAAACCUUCGUCGCCGGGCGUGAAAAUACACAUCUAAACUAGCAAGCUGCACAUGGAUCGGUAUCACGGGUAUUGUUAAGACACGAUCCGGUAUUGUUUUGUCUACUCGUGUCAGUAACUACAGUAGUUUCAGUAUGCCCGAUCGAUGGUUUCGUUGAAGCUCGACAGUGGCUGAUUUCAGGCCUGCUUUUAUCUGGACAUUUCUUGCCUGAGGAAAGCCGCCCGUACUGACUUCCUAGCAUUUAGCCUUUUUCACUGCAUCCCCGACUCAAAUGAUGCGUGUUGUGUCGUUGCGUUGAUUUUUGGAUGAUCAUAUCAUCUACUUUUAGCAUAUCAUUUUAUUUUUUUAUCCAAACGGUAUAUAUUUUUUUUAUGGGAUUAUCGGUCAAUUCGAAGUAAAUAUGGUGAAUUGGAAGCGGCUGCUGCGGGUGUCGAACCGCUCAUUUUUGGCCUUCAUUUUUUUCUUCUCCAUGUCUACGACUGGUCUCUACUUCAUAUAUGUGGCUCCUGGAAUAGCCAACACCUACUUCUUCAUGGUGCAGGCCCAGGGCAUCAUGUUGAGGGAUAAUGUGAGGACCAUUGGUCAGAUGAUCAGACUCUACACCAAUAAGAACAGUACUCUCAACGGCACAGAUUACCCAGAUGGCAGUAACUCCAGUGAAUACAUGUCCCAGCCAACCGCAUACCUCCCUGAGAACUUCACAUACGCCCAGAACCUCCCCUGCCCAGAACGCUUACCUUCUAUGAAGGGUCCUAUGGACGUCAACAUGACUCAGAUCCCUAUGGAGGAGAUUGAUCUCAAGUUCUCCAAGUAUCUGGAUGUUCACUUUGGAGGACACUGGAGACCCAAGGACUGUAAACCACGCUGGAAGGUGGCCAUCCUGAUCCCGUUCCGUAACCGCUACGAGCACCUUCCUAUCCUGUUCCAGCACCUCACCCCCAUGCUGCAGAGACAGAGGCUGCAGUUUGCAUAUUACGUCAUCGAGCAGUCUGGUACCCAGCCCUUCAAUAGGGCCAUGUUGUUUAAUGUGGGUUUCCUGGAAGCCAUGAAGGAUCUGGACUGGGACUGUCUGGUGUUCCACGAUGUCGACCACAUCCCAGAGAACGACCGUAACUACUACGGCUGUGGUCAGAUGCCUCGCCACUUCGCAGCCAAACUGGACAAGUACAUGUACCUACUACCAUAUAGUGAGUUCUUUGGGGGCGUGAGUGGACUCACAGUGGAACAGUUCCGCAAGAUUAAUGGCUUUCCCAAUGCGUUCUGGGGCUGGGGAGGAGAGGACGACGACCUCUGGAACAGAGUACAUUAUGCUGGUCUGAACAUCACAAGGCCGGAGGGAGAAAUGGGUAAAUACAAGUCCAUCCCACACCACCACCGGGGAGAGGUGCAGUUCCUGGGCAGGUACAAGCUGCUGAGGUACUCCAAAGAAAGGCAGCACCUGGAUGGCCUGAACAACCUUAACUACACCCCUGAGAUCUCCCUGAGCUCCCUGUAUAAGAACAUCACCGUGGACCUGCACCCUGAUCUGGCACCCAUCGCAGACUACUGAACUCUGACUCCCACCUGACCCCUUAAACCCUUCACACUCCCUCAAGCAUCAAACAGUACCCCAAAGCUGGGCAAAGAGGGGCUGGGGUUGGGAGUCGGAGGCACACCAUGUAACGCUGCCAAGAAACUUUACUCAAAAAAACAACAAAAAACAUGAGAGGAAGGGGCAUAUAGGGUCUGUUUAAUCGAACAAUUGAUUGUGUAUGUUUCUGUGAUUGUGUGUGUGUGUGUGCUUGCAAGGAUGUGUGUCUGACAUUUUGUGUUUGUGUGUCACUGCAUGUCAGUGUGUUCAUGCCGGCUUUAGCUACUGAGCUACUUCACAAUACAGUAUGAGGAGGGAAGGACAGCAUUCGUUUUUUUCCCCACAUCUGAUGUUUACUGCAACGCCUUAGUGUCAGGCUCCGCCUCAGAACCGCGGCUCUCUGGCUGCCUCUCAAAUGGUACCCUAUUCCCUACAAGGCUGGAAUUGCCAAGGACCCCCCACAGUAUGAUAUGGUCACGAUACUUAGGUGCCGAUAUGUGUUCCUAUUCGGUACUGCAAUUUUUUUCAGUUUAUUUUUUUAUUUGAUUUUUUUAAAUUGCCAUUUGAUAUUCAAAAUAUAUUGCUCACUAUAUACUGAGUUUACAAAACAUUAGGACCACCUUCCUAAUAUUGAGUUGCACCCCCUUUUUGUCAUCAGAAAAGCCUCAAUUCGUUGCGGGCAUGGACUCUUACAAGGUGUCUCAAGCUGUCCACAGCGAUGCCACCCCAUGUUGACUCAAUGCUGUCCACAGUUGUCAAGUUGGCUGGAUAUUUUUUUAGGUGGUGGACCAUUCUUGAUACACAUGGGUAACUGUUGAGAGUGGGAAAAACCCAGCAGUGUUGCAGUGACAUACUCAAACCGGUACGCCUGGCACCUACUACCAGACCCCGUUCAAAGGCACUUCAAUCUUUUGUCUUGCCCAUCCACCCUCUGAAUGGCCCGCACAAUACAUGUCUCAGUUGCCUUAAGAUCUAAAAUAUCCUUCUUUAAUGUCUCCUCCCUUCAUCAACACGGAUUUUGAAGUGGAUUUAACAAGUGAAAUCAAUAAGGGAUCGUAGCUUUCACCUGCUCAUUCUGUCAUGGAAUGAGCAGGUGUUCCUAAUGAUUUGUACACUCAGUCUAUGUCUGCUGCAGAGAGACGAGAGAGCGUGAGAAGACUAGUUUUGAUCGGUCAGGGAAAUGAAAGUGCUAAAAAACCUUUUGGAUCCCUAUUUAAAAAGAUGGCGAACAAGCUAUGGUAUUUUUCAUCCAAUAGGUUUGGCACAGGUACAGCCGACUAGCGCUAGCUACAGUUACGACAGAGGGAAGAAGUUAUAUUUCUUUCUUUUACAAAUCGAUUCGUAGAAUCAGGUAUUGAUAUCGUAAAAAAAUAAUACUGCUAUAUGUAACUAGAUUAAAGCCUUAGGGCUCUGGUCAAAAGUAGGGCACUAUAUAGGGAAUAGGGUGCCAUUUGGGACUCCAUUUGGGACUCUGACCUUAUCUCUCAGCACAGCUUUAACUUCUAACGUCUCAGUAUCACCUUACGAGCCAACAGACAUUUUUGUCUUCAUGUUAUAUCAUUUUUUUUUUUUUUACACAUGGUCAUUUUUUAAAAGAUGAAACAUGUAUUCAAAACAUAUUCCUUAAAGAGGAGGAAAUAGAGGAGCUUAGCGGGGGGCGACUUGUGUUUAUUGUGAUGUACAUUUUCUGAUAUGAUCUAUUUUCUUAGUAUUUAUUUUUUCCCCUUUUUUAACAGAUGUUUUAGAUCACUUCUCUGUGUUUCACACGAUGAGCGUUUUGCUGUUUCUUUGCUGCACUGCCGACACGCAUGAUGCACAGAACACGUGUAAAUACUGGCCACUGAAAAGCUUGAGCACAGAACACGUAUGUACAUAUUUGGCCUUUUUUAAACGCUCCUGUUAAGUUA